AUGAGUCUGCCACCUCUUGCUUCAUAUCCACCAACGGAAGUUCGCAAGGACCUGGUACCAGAAGAAUGGGAUGCGUGUCUUGAUGCCUGGCUAUCGCUUUCAGCUCUCUACCUACGCCUUGGAAAGUCCGAUUUCGAAGCAGUAACUCGCGACGAGCAAUAUUUGGUUCCCUUCCUUACAUCAUAUUACCAUGCCUCAGCGCAAGAACGUCAGCAUGGACAAAGCCACGGAAAGGAACAGACUCUACGAAAGUCAUGCUUCAUCCUCACUCACAGGAUUCUGUUGACAACUUCGGCCCCGCCAGCCUCUCUGCUCAAAUGGAACUUCCUUUCUGAUUUCAGCCACGUCUAUAUGAAGACACAAAGCCUGGACCUACUAUUGCAAAAGCUUUGGAAGUCCAGACACUCGGAUCUUGAUCGUUCUCUGCAAAGCUUUCUUUCACUUACCAUCAAGCAACUGGAAUCAUCGAAACCCGAUGCAGCCGAGACAAGCGUGAAACGAAUCGUCCCAUUUCUUUUUUCGUCGCAAGAGGCAGGUGCAGUCGUUUUGACCAGCUCUGAGCUUGUGGAUGCGAUGUCUUCAGCUUACCAACAGAGUUCUCCUGAUCUACGCAGAUCUCUUGUCUCGGUUCUCUAUUAUGGUCUUCUCUCCUUGACGAAAGGCGACAAACCAAAUUACUCUCUCCUGUUCGACCAUCUUUAUGGCUUGAAGAACCAGGCUGGAGACUCACAAUCUUCUUUGUUGGCCGAUCUGGUCACGAAUACCUCGUUGUUAUCCAAGCUAAGGGCAUCUAGCGAUGGAAGAAACGCAGAGCGAGCACAGACUCUAGCGAACACUCUUUCUUCAUUCACUUCACCGUCUCUUGCAAGACCUAGACGAGCGCGCAAGGUAAACAAAGGAAAAUCAAAGGCAACAGGGGAUGACUUCGGUCAUGGUACUUUCUCGGGCGAGCAUCAUGUUCAUCGUAUGAGCCUCAUUUCACAAAUCCAGGACUUGUUCCCAGACCUUGGUUCGGGAUAUGUUGCGAGGUUACUGGACGAAUAUCAAGACAACGUCGAAGAAGUCACAGCCCACCUUCUCGACGACUCGUUACCCGAUCACUUACUAUCGUUCGACCGCAGUGAGCAACUGCCUACUUCAAAAGCAGACGCUCAACAUAUGGAGCAACAGAAGAUAGAGCACUUGGCGCCUCGGAGCACACCACCUCCCCAACGCCGCAACGUAUUUGACGAUGACGAGUUUGACAGACUUGAAGUGGAUACUUCACGUUUGCAUCUUGGUCGAAAGAACGCGAAACUCACUGCAGAUGCUCUGCUGGAGGACAGAAGUGCUGCACCCGCGAAGAGCGCAAUCCUGUCCGCUCUUGCUGCAUUCGAUUCAGACGACGACGAACGUGACGACACUUACGACGAAGCAGAUGUAGGAGGCUAUGUCGAUGCUGCCAGACCAGAUGGCGAAGAUUCGAGAGACACGGAUACAGGGAACCAAGGCGAGAAUGAAGAAGCAUUGUUCCGUGCUUGGCGAAUGGACCGAGGAGUGUUCGAGCGCUCAUCAGAUGUCCGCCGCAGCUCUGCACGUGCAGCCCUCAAGAACGAAACUGGAAUGCAAGACGAGGCCAUCGAAGGCUGGGCGGUCAUGCUCAGCCGCGACCCAAGACGUCUCAAGCGAUUGGAGGCAAGAUACUCGGCCUUCAGCGGCGCGCAACCAGAAUUGGAGAGGACCGCGUAUAGAGACAGUGAAGCCACAGAAGACUCGGACAACGGAGCUGGUGGAAGAGGCGGAAGAGGAGGUCGUGGAAGAGGCAGAGGAGGACGUGGUCGUGGUAGAGGUGGCAGAGGUGGCGGUAACCCUGCUGGUCCACCUAGUGAGAGCAACACCCAGGCUGCUAGGCAGCGAAAAGAAGCACGGGGAUCGAACAGAAGGGAAGGAAGAGCCAGGAAGAUGGCCAGAGCUGGUUUUCCUGGAUAA